AUGACGCUGACUCUUAAGUGCAGCACCAUUGAAACUGGUGACAUAAAUCACAUGAUUCAACAAACUUCCGUCUCAAACUUCUUUUCAAAGAAAUCGCCCCCCGAGGAAUAUUUAGUACUAAAUAUUGGAACCACAUGUGAGAAACUUCACUUGAUGUCACUUCAAAAGAAUCAAAAUGACGAAGAGAAAUUGCAAAUAUUAUUCAGAAUAGAAAAUUUGAACAUUACGCAACCAUUCAAACUAAAUGGAAAAUGUUUUUCUGCUUUCUUCGUUCAAUGUUCAAUUAGAAUCCAAAAUGUCUUCUAUCUUCUGUAA